AUGGCGUAUGGUCUGUCGGCAGUGAAGCUGGAGAAGGCCAUCAUGAACCUCGAGUUGCGCCUGCGGGAGGAGUUCCGAAAGGAUGUUUCCCGGCAGGUGACAAAGCAGAUCAAGCCCUAUGUCCAGCAGAUCAACGCCCUCCAGUCCCAAGUCGACAGGCUCAGCGCCCGCUCCGCGUCCAAGUCCUCUUCCCCACCGCAGCCGAGUGUGGAGCCCGAGCAUGGAGUUUCAGAAUUGCUUCACGUCGACCUCGACACACUGCUGACAGAGGGUGAUGGCAAUAUGGACGAGAGCCUCAGUGGCAACAGUGACCGAGCCCUGCCCUGCGUGUCGAUCGACAUCGUCGACUUGCUCCAGAAGGAUCCCGACCAUCCCGGAACAAAGCCCCCCAGUGAGAUGCAGCGCCAGAAGACCAAGGUGGCCAUCGAUCCUAGCCUCGGCCUCACCAAUGACUCCCUGCACCCUGAGCUUGUGGAGGAGCCCGUGGCUUUCCUGGAGACGGCCUGGAACCUGGUCCUGGUCUUGGGCCAUACGAAUUGUGGCCGGGUGGACCUGGUGAUCGCCUGCUUGCUCUGGUUGGGCAGCGGCUUGAUGCAAAUCUCCUUCUUCUUCAUCCUCCUCUCGGAUGACUUUCUGGGCGAGCCCUUCGGGAAUCAGGUCGAGGUGGCGAAAGCGUGGCGCGAGUCCAUCGCGCACGACUUCAAGCACAUGGACCUGAAUGACGAGAGCCUCGUCUCCCGAGUGUGCAGAGCCGAUCGCACGCUGAUUCUGUCGACUUCGCAGAUGCAGAUGCUGGACCAGAUCAAUGCCUUCCUCGGCCUCGGCAAGGACGAGUUCCAAGCGCCCUACUUCCAGCCCGGCAUUCUGCUCUGCAUGAUGUGCAUCCUGCUCUGGUGUUUGUACCUCCUCAACGAAUUCCGACUCGUGAUCUUUUCCUUGGAGGCCGUGUCCCAAGUCCCGCGUGGGCCCCGAACGCAGUGGAAAAGGCGCGGAGGCUUCCAAACGAUCUCCUACGGCCGAUUUGGCGUCUACUGCUUCAUGCGCUUGGCGCGCUUCUUCAUCGCCGUGGGCCUGCUCUAUGCUGGCGUGCAGUGGCUGAGCGGCACGAUCUCUAUCACGGAGCUCAUCUUGAAUGCCGUGGCCUUGUCCGCUGUUUUGCAGAUCGACGAGAUGGUCUUCGCGGCCCUGAUGCCGAAGAAGAUCCAGAUCUGCAUUCAGGACCUCGAGGCCAUCAAGGUACCCUACAGUAAAGCCCGGAGUCAGACGGAGUCCAUCAUGCUCCUCGUGGGGAUCACAUGUCUCAUGCUGUGGCCGUGGAUGUACAACGUAGGGCCGCUGAGCUGGGACAUGUUGGAGGUCAAGCGACAGUACUGUGGGGGCACGCAGAACUUCGUGGUGGCGGGGAAUCAGGUCCAGGGGGUCACGGUGGGACUGGUCACCUUGGACCACGCCCAGGGUCUGAACCAAACUUCCCUCACCCGCUUCGCUGUGAGCCGGCACAUCUGGCAGGAGCCCCUGGGAACCUCGAACUACAUCCGUUUCACCCAGGAUCGAUCCAGCUUUGUGACUGCCAGGGACAUGGACAUGCAUCAGCGCAACCUCCAUGACAGUCUCUGCAUGGACUUUGACAACAUCUUCCUGGGCAACGCGACCCAUGAGCUUCAGGAGUUCUACCGCCAGUACUUCUACUCGGCCAGCUACGAAGCAGGGAUUCCAGAAGGAGCCAGUUGCGCAGAGAUGGCGCACCUCUGCCACUCCAUAGAUACCAAGGCGCGCCUGGUGCGGCACGUAUGUCCCCGCACGUGCGACUGCCACCUGCAGCACUCGAAUCCCCUCCUGAAGCUUGUGGGCGAGGGCUGCUCGAAAGCCUGCUUCACUGAGCAAGAGUACGCCAUGCGCUUUUCACCUUGCGAGGACAUGAACCUGGAGGAGUCCCCUCACCUCCGGGAGGCCUGGGAGGGGUUCUGGGACAGCUACAAGCCAUUGAUGGAGCAGAGGGUGGGGAUGAACUUCAGCAGCCCCAGCCUCAGCUUCGUUCCUGACUUCCUGGCCUAUGUCAAGCAGGUGGGGUGUCCAGGCCUCGGCGUGGUGCCCACCGACCCCGUCACGCGCAGCCCGUGGUGUUCAGGCAGCCAGUACUAUGGCCCCCUUGCGAAUUGGUGCCCGCGGACUUGCGGCUGCCACACCUCGGAAACACUGCCCUGGUGGUGCCCCCGGAGUUGCGAGGGCUGCAAGGACACGGCGAACUUCCCUACUCACAUUCGCGUCAGUGACUGUGCACAGUCUCUUCAGACGGGGCUAUGCGAGGCCUAUCCGCUUGAGUCGGCUGUGUACUGCGCAGAAACCUGCAACCUUUGCUCCGCACUUCACAACAACGGGACCAUUGACUAG